AUGGUAGAAAGAGAGCUGUCAAAAUUGCCGCCCCACGGGCCCCCACCUUUCCACCACUACCACAAGUCUGCCACUCGAUUUUUAUUCCUCAUCGUCGCAGAAAUAUAUUUCCAACAUCUACUCUCUAUUGAGCUGCUCAAUGUGUGGUCUUAUUUAUUGGAGCCUGCUUUGUCUCAUUUAGGAGUUCUCACAUCUCACAACUCACAGGACGGCUCACAAACCAUGCCGUCUCCCACUCGUCCCGCCCGUGAAACAGUGCACAGACAGAAGUAA